AUGUCUUCCCAAGACAAACGCAUUAACCUAAAUCCAGUACCGACCAAAAUGCCUAGUCUCCCAAGAUAUGAUAGCGGGGUUGAAGCAACGUUUCAAGAGCGGAGGAAUAGAACAAUGCCGUUGAGGCCUGAUGCUAAGCGUUAUUACUCAGAAAGUUCUAGCGCCGAGGCUUCAACCAGGCCGUCAACACAACUUUCCCGUAGCGCUACGUCCCAAAGAUCUCCGUACGUCCCAUAUCGCCCAGGUGCAGUAUGGCGCGCGGAGGAGGUGCAAGGGACCGUUUCAACCAGCAUGCUUAGUCAGCCUGACAGGUUUCCGAACGAAGGUCAGGCGCAACCUCCCCUAACAGCUGACAACGUAAGAUGGCCCUUCCUAGGUGACGACGAUGACGAGGAGUCAGACGAGCCGAAUGAGGAGUUUCCAGCUGUACCUCUUUCCGAUGCACCUCUUCGCAGGCGAGGAGCCAUCCGAGUACGUGAACUCACGAAUACAGGCAUCUCAGGUAGGCUUCCCCUUAGCCCCACUGACGAUCAAUACGACAUCCUGAGCCCGCUCGGCGAAAUCCGCCGUGAUCCCUUCGGCGCAUCACAGAGGCGCGCUCAGCAGGAUAGGGAGAUGGAUCGUGGAAAUGGCCCAGAUAGUGAGCAAUCUUGGACCGCUGGCGACGACAACAUUCUCACUGCCAAAAACGUACCGAAACCCGGACGUUAG